GUAACACACUACGUAUAGAUUUCCAGGUAGUUCCUAUUAACGUACGCCUUCGUUCUCCUCGCCAAGCAUAAAGGCCAACAGCUAGAAUGCGGCCGCUGACGGAAGAGGAGACGAAAGCGGUGUUUGAGAAGCUUUAUAAAUUUAUCGGGAAGAACAUAAAGAACCUCAUCGACCGGCCGAACGAGCCCUACUGCUUCCGCCUACACAAAAAUAGAGUAUACUAUGUGAAGGAGAAGCUCAUGAAGAAGGCGACAAAUGUGGCUAGAGAUAAGCUAGUAGCGCUCGGCACUUGCGUCGGGAAGCUUACGCACACGGGCAAGUUCCGAUUAACCAUCGGAGCCCUAGACGUCAUUUCUCAGUAUGCGAAGUACAAGAUCUGGGUGAAGCCCUCCGCGGAGAUGCAGUUCCUGUACGGCAACAACGUGCUGAAGAGCGGCCUGGCGCGCAUCACCGAGAACACGCCCUCCUACACGGGGGUGGUGGUGUACAACAUGGCGGACAUCCCGCUGGGCUUCGGCGUGUCGGCCAAGUCCACCAACGAGUGCCGCAGCCUGGACCCCAGCUCCGUGGUGGCGUUCCACCAGGCAGACUGCGGCGAGUUCCUCCGAGCGGAGGACGAGCUGUGAGGCGGCUCCACUGCAGCGGUGUGUGAAGCAGCUCCGGAGAGCUCGGAGUCAUGACAGGUUGCAACGGCCUGUUGGAAUGGAGUAGGGAGGCAUGAAGGCCCUGCCGGGGGAGCCUAGCUGACGUGCCCGGGAUGAGAGCAGUUCUCGUGUUGCUGGGUUCACGCAGCAAUGCUGCGGUUGGUUGGUUCGGUAUUGUAGGCGAGGUGCCUACUACCCUUAGUUGUAACUGAGCAACGGUUACGUGACGCUCUAUGGUGACUCGUUCUUCUGGCAUUGAGGGGUUUGGUGUGCUCCAACUUGCCUUCCAAGAAUAGGGUAGCACGCAGUCGCCAUGAGUCUGAAGGGAUCUAGUAUCAGGUGUCCCCCCGGGUGUGACGGUUGGAUUGUGCGAGUGCUAUGGCUUCAUUUCGAAACUACUACUCUACUGGGUUUCACGAUGCAGCCCUACUUCCGUAUGCAGUAGCAAUGUUGGCUGCGUCUCUAGGCAUGGUGUGACGGGGUAUGGCGCCCUGGUGGAGCUUUGAUGUAACGCAACUUGACGUA